AUGAAGAAUUUGGUGAAAAAGGUGAAGAGUGAACCAAGUGAGUUACCAGAUUGUGUUAUAUCACAUAUCUUUUCCAAGUUAAGUUUGAAGAAUUUGGUGAAAACGAGUGCAUUGUCCAAACAAUGGUAUCACGAAUGGGGAUUAAGGAAGGACCUCACUUUUGAUCUCCAUAACAUGUUUGAUACAAUUCCAGAGUUACCAAAAUCCCUCCCACUCUUUCAACAGCUUCAAUCUCAAUUUGCCACAAGAUUGAAUAAUUUCAUCCAGAAAUAUCAUGGUGACAUGAUCAGUUCAAUCCAAAUCAAUUUUCCAUUAGGUUGGGAUAAUACUCGAGUCAUUGAUACAUUGAUUCGCAAAGGAAUUCUUAAGGGUGUCAAUCGUAUUGAGCUACUCUUUGCGCCUUUUCCAUAUGAAGAAGUUGAUUUUGAAAACGAGACGCUCUUGGCCUAUGAAGAAACUAAUUUUGAAAUAACAUUUGAAAUGCUCUUGGCAUAUGAAGAAACUUAUUUUAAAAUAGAGCCAUACAAUUUUUUAUUUCCUCCUUUCUUGUCUGACUCUAAUUCUCUCACAUAUCUACACCUACAGAACUGCCACAUAAUGGAAUUUUCUGGAUUGAAGAAUUUGACAACUCUUGUGUUGCAUCUAGUUCCUGUCCAGCAGAAAAUGCUUCAGGAUAUGUGUCUUAAAUGCAUCCAUCUUGAGAACUUGACUCUUAAUGAAUGUACCUUCAAAUCCGACAUAAAAAUAACUAGUGCAACAUUGCUUCAUUUGAACAUUAACUGCGGGGAAAUCAUUCAGAAGAAGAUUAAUAUUGAUAUCAUUGCAUCAAAUCUCUCCUCCAUUGAAUAUUCCUCCGAGUGUAUCUCUAAAAGUUUGUUACACACACUGAAUAUUAAGCCUCUUAAGUUAUCCAAGUUCAGCUACACAUGUGCUAAAAUUUCUAAUCUUGUUCACUUUUCUGGACUCAAGAAUGUGACAACAAUUCUCUUGGAUGGACUCAAAGAUGGUGAUGUCAUAACUCAUUUGUUUUCUAAAUGUCUCCAAUUGGAACAUAUCACCAUUAACAUGUGUUGGUUCACGCGUGAUUUCAAAAUCAUUGGUGCAAAGUUGCGUCAUUUGAGCAUACUUGAUUGUUUCCAUUCCAAUGUCGGUAUUCAUGCUUUGCAUUUCUCAUCCAAAGAUAGAGGUCGUACAAAGAAGAGGAGCAUAAUCUCCAUUGAUGCUUUGAAUCUCUCAUCCUUUGAAUUUAGAGGUCAUCCGGAGAUGAGGAGCAUGAUCUCCAUUGAGGCUCCAAAGUUAUUGAAGGACUUAUGGGAUGCAGGUUUUAACAAGAUAUGUAUAUAA